AGCGGAAGGCCGGUCCGACGGAACAUGUGGACCCCGACCACCGUACUGCAGUUUCAAUCAAUCAACUGACCUUCCGGAGGGGAACUUGUCUCUGGCCGUGAUGGCGUUGGGCCACACCGAAUCUUCAAUAUCAUCGACGACGAGCAUAAUGUCAGAGACGGCAAGCCCAACGAUGUCUUCCAUUGCCACCGACACUGGAUCUAUGUCGAAGGGAGCCAACUAUUUUUUUGGCUUUCUGAUAGCAUUUGUGGCCAUUCUGUUCGUUUUCAUUGGCUGUGGAAUGGCUACGCGAAGACGGUAUCAACGGCGGAGGGGUCUCAUCUUCAAUUUGGAUGACCUACAAGGAAUGCCAGGCCUGUUUGGGUCGCGACAACAGCUUGUUGGGGAGAAACCAAUAAUGUGGGAGCCGUGGGUAGUGAAGCACGACGAUUACUCGUGGUCUACGAUACAGCCCUUGUCUGCUUCGCGGUCGAACAAGCCUUGUCCCAAAACGAUACCCCGCCCAGCUCCGAUACGAUUACCUUCGCGGAACCCUACUGCCAUACAUGGUCUUUCUCUACCGACAUGGGCUCCUGCUGAUAGUGAAGUCGAGAAAGAAGCUCCAUCACCAGAAGAAUCCGUGCCUUCCACUCUUCAGAUAUCCCUUCUCAUUUCUAUGCCUGGUCAACCGCUGGACAAUCCCACGUUUACUGAAUAUCAGAUCGGCGUUGCACGCCUACCAUGGGAGCAGUGGAUGGCAUCUUGAUGCUGUCGCGCUGUAACAUCAGUUGUAUAAUAAUUGUAUUCAUAUUACCCUCAUGGAUAUCCCCUACGGAUUGUACUUUAGCUUUGGAAACUUGCAGGGUUUAAUUCUUUUGUUUCUCCGGUACCCGCGAAGGUCAAGUUGAUGACCGAACCGGCAUAUCGAACCCUAGCGAAGCGUCCCAC